AUGGGGAAGAAGCGGACCCAUGCUGAGACUAAGGAUGGCUUUACGAAGCCGCCUUCGGGCCAGGACCGGGUGAAGAACGACAAGAAGGAUGCGCGCAAGGGUGGAGAUGCCGGCAAGAAGCGCUCGGCAUUGAUAUUCAAAGUGCAGCCUGAAUGGCACACCGUCGAGCUGCCUCAGCUUCCCACAGUCGAGAACCCUACGAUACCCCCCAAAUACAUUCUUGACGACCUCCACGCCUACGCCGAUGAGCUUCUGGAAGUCGAGACGACCGAAUAUGCCGCCUCCCACAUGUCUAAGGAUGCGUCGCACAAGUUCAUGUCCACCAUUAUGGCGUCUGGUACCAUGGAAGAUAAGGUCUCAGCUUUGACACUGUUGGUUCAGGAGUCGCCGCUGCACACGACAAAGGCUUUCGAUCAGCUACUGGGACUGUCGCGCAAGAAAAGCAGGAGUGCUGCCAUGAUGGCCUUGGCCGCGCUAAAGGAUUUACUGGGACAGGGUGUUCUCCUACCGCCAGACAGGAAGUUGAAGGCGUUUGCACGACAGCCAGGCCUUCUUAGCGCGCUGCAGGGAAAGAACAUGCACUGGAAAUAUGGCGAGAAGCUGCCUGGCGAGCUGCAGAAGGUGCACCUGAUUGCAUGGUCGUACGAGGAUUGGCUCAAGAAGCAAUACUUCGAGAUGCUCAAGAUCAUCGAAGGCUGGACCAACGACGAAGUCGAGUACUCGCGAAAUCGCGCAGUGACCUUUGUCUGGGAGCUGCUGAAAGAGAAGCCAGAGCAGGAGGAAAACUUGCUGCGACUGCUCAUCAACAAGCUCGGAGAUAAAGAGAAAAAGGUGUCAUCGCGAGCAUCGUACCUGCUUCUCCAGCUGCAGAUCACGCACCCGCUGAUGAAGAACGUCAUCAUCAACUCCAUCGAAUCUGACCUAAUCUUCCGGCCGAACCAAAGCGCACAUGCCAAGUACUACGCUGUCAUUACCCUCAACCAGACCGUGCUUAGUGUGAAGGAGCAGGAAGUUGCCAACAAACUGCUGGAGAUAUACUUCAGUAUUUUCCUUGGUCUUCUCAAGAAACAAAAGGAUCAUGAAAAGGAAGAAAAGAAGGUCGCAGUGCUGAACAAGCACGGUCACAUCCAAGGAGGUGGAAGCGCACCUGGAAAGAUGGCGAAGAAGAAGGCCGAGAAGGAAGCUACCAUGGCUUUCAAGGUUGCCGACGAGUCGAGAGAAAAGUUGAUCUCUGCCAUUCUCACAGGUGUCAACCGUGCUUUUCCUUUCGCCAAGACUGACGAUGCCAAAUUCGAGGACCAGCUCAACACCAUCUACCAGGUUACACACUCAUCCAACUUCAACACCGGUAUCCAGGCCAUGACCCUCAUUCAGCAAAUUUCUGUCACCAAGAACAUCUCCACCGACCGAUUCUACCGCACACUAUACGAGUCUCUUCUCGACCCUCGUCUCAUCACGACAUCUAAGCACAUCAUGUAUCUCAAUCUCCUUUACCGGUCACUCAAAGCGGAUACCAGCAUCAAACGCGUCAAAGCAUUCGUCAAGCGCUUACUUCAGGUUAUUCACAUGCACGAACCUCCUUUCAUCUGCGGUGUGUUGUACCUUGUUAAUGAGCUUAUGACGACCUUCCCCAGUAUCAAGGCUAUGUUGUCAACACCAGAAGAUCAUGUUGACGAUGGUGAGGAUGAGCAUUUCGAGGAUGUCCCAGAAGAUGGCGAGAACAAGGUGGAGGAGAAGAAGCCUGCUAAGCCUGCAUACGACGCCCGAAAACGCGACCCUGAGCACGCACAAGCAGACCUGUCUUGUUUGUGGGAGUUGCUACCGCUUCAGGCACACUACCAUCCAUCAGUACAUGUCUUAGCCUCGAAGAUUGUUCAUCAGGAACUCAUCAAGGAGAAGCCCGACCCAACUAUCUACACUCUCAUGAACUUCCUCGACAAGUUCUCCUUCCGCAAUGCAAAGACCAAGGCGCAAGGCGUGCACGGUUCCUCCAUCAUGCAGCCUAUGUCUGGUACUUCCAAGGCCACCGACUACCUUAUUACAGCCCGCGACGGCGACCGCACCCACGAUCCACUCAACUCAGAGUCUUUCUGGCGCAAGAAGGUCGACGACGUGCGUGACGACGAAGUUUUCUUCCACACGUAUUUCGAAAAGGCCGGCAAAGCCAAACAGGCCGACAAGAAGGCGAAGAAGAAGAGCAAGAAGGACGCAGACGACAGCGACGACGAAAGUGGCGAGGACGAGAUCUGGAAGGCGCUUGUCAAAUCGCGACCAGAUGUCGAGGGCGACGGCGGCGACGACGACUUCAGCGACAUCGACAUGGACGACAUGAUGAGCGACUCCGACGCAGAAGGAGGAGUUACUAUGGACGCUGGCGUCGAGCUCAACCUUGGCAGCGAUGACGAGGAUGAUGCAGCUCCUGCGCCUGCUGACGAUGACGACGACGACUUCGAGAACUUUGACCUCGACGACGAAGACGGGUUCAUGGACGAUGAAGACGACGUGCCCGUUGAUCUCGACGUUGGCGACGACGCAGAUGGCGACGACGAUGGCAAAGAUGGAAGGAAGAAGAAGAAGAGGAAGCUCAAGCAACUCCCCACCUUUGCUUCUGCGGAGGAUUACGCAAAGCUUAUUGGUGACGAUAGCGAGUAG